UCUAAACCAGUUCCCAUUCUUUUUUCAAAACAAAUACAGAAAUAUAUAAAUCUCAUAUUAAAAAUAAGAAAAGAAAACGAUAUAGUACCGAAAACUAAUCCAUAUUUAUUUGCCAAUCCUGGUUCUGAAAACCGUUGGAUGUCGGGUGGAAAUGUUGUACGAAAAUUAGCAACAAGAUCUAACGUGAAACAUCCCGAACUUUUAACAUCUACAAGAUUUAGAAAGCACAUUGCAACAACGCUUCAAUUAAUGUCCUUGGAUGAAACCGAAAUUGAGCAAAUAGCCACUUUUAUGGGCCACACCAAAAAAACACACGCAGAAUUUUAUAGAUUACCACAAGAUAUUUAUCAAACCGCCAAAGUGGCUAAAGUCUUGAUGCUUCUUGAAAAAGGAAAAGCAAACGAAUUUAAAGGAAAAAGUUUGGGAGAAAUUCAUUUAAGUAAUGACGUUUACUACAGUUCUGAAUCGGAUGAAUGUGACUUAGAAGAAUCUGUACCACAGAGAGCAUUAAACAGGAUUUCGAGACAAGGAACUAAUAAUUCUGUGAGUACUAAUAAUGAAGAGAGCACACUCGUAAAUCAGGAAAGGCAGAAAGAAAAACCUAAAGGGCCGACAAAGCAACAGGGGAGGGUAAAGUGGUGUGAGAAAGAAAAGAAAAUUGUCCUUAAAUACUUCUCUGAACAUAUUAAGAAAAAAAUUCCGCCGAAAAAACAAGAAUGCGAAGAAUUUCUCAAAUACUACAAUACUGAUUUUCAAAAUAAAGACUGGGUGAAGAUUAAGACUUAUGUAUACAAUGUGUAUAGAAAAGAAAUAUAACUUUCUUAUUAUGUAGGACUUUUGUUACAUGUAAUAUCUAAUGUUAUCUUCAGUUACGUUUUAAAAAUGUACCAAUAAACUUUUAAUACCUAAUAUCCUACUAGCAUUUUAAUAAAUCAAAAUCGAAUUUGCAAUCGUUGAGCAACAUUUUAAAUAUUUAAUUAAAU